UUCCUCUGGUGCGGCUUUUAUGCUCGGAAGCUCCGGUCAAGCGGCUUAUAAAAGUCGUAAUCAAAAUGGCAGACGAUCUUGGUAAUGACAAUUAACGGUAUAUAUUUGUAAUGAUAACUUUAUUAUCAAAUCAGCAUUGGUUUGUGAUCCCUAAUGUGUGGCGUUUCAUCGGCAGCCUGCAGAGGGCGAAUGUUCGCGGCGCACAUCUGCUGUGUGGUGGCGCAAUUGCAGCUGGGAUCGUACAACGACUGCAGCUUCGAUCUGAUUGGCUGUAAUAGCUUGCCAUUCGAGAAACCAGCCAUCAGGGAAGCUAUCGAGCGAUCUGAGGUUUAUGAAUAUGUACUGUUCAUGACCUCAGGGUUCGCUCAGCCAAGCUUCCAGGAGUACAAACUCCUUCACGCGAGAAUGCUAGCCAGGGAGGGACUUACGGAUCAAGCGCUUGAAUAUAGUGAAUGCAUCGCUAGAGCAGUCAUCACCUCACCCUCCAGCAUCACCACGGCCUUAAUGAAACAGAUUGUUCAGCUGUCUGAGAAGCUUCACAGAGGGAGGACGGAGGAACCCGAGUGGCUACUGAAACUUCGCCGGCUCCUUCAGCAGGACGAGAUGUCUUCUCCUCCUGUGUUGAUUUCAAGGUUUCCAUCUUUUAAGUGGCCCGAGAGUCCUGUGCUCCGGCCUUUUCCUGUGCAGUUGAACACCACACCAGAAGAAGUGGCGUUUGCGUCACGGUACAUCCUGGGAGAGCUGCUGGGCAAAGGAGGCAUGGGCUCGGUUUAUGCUGGAGUAAGGAAGGCAGAUGGGAAGUCCGUAAGUCACGUGCACAUAUACUGAACACUUAAUAACAUUCAAAUGGAAAUCAUCAGGAAUUCCAAUUUUUCAUAAUUAUGUUCUAUAUAUUUGAAUAGGUCGCUAUUAAAUUUGUGGCCAAGUCUACCUGCACGGAAUACAUCAGCAAGGUGAGGAAACCUACUUUACACUUCGAUCAUGUCUCAGACACCUCUUCCACCAUACCCAUGCUAACCCGAGUUGUCAUUUCAGCCUGGAGAAACACAUAGCCUGCCUCUGGAGGUUGCGCUAAUG